AUGGCGCGUCCAUCUGCCCGCUCCCUGCAAUCUCCGGCUCACGUCGCCACGUAUGUGCUGCUCGCCAUCUCCUUCUCCGCAUUCUGCGCCGCAGACUUCACUGCUCGUGCCACACAGCUUAGCGAUGGCGCUGCCGCAUUUCCCGCUGAGCCGCGUCGGCUCGGCGAUCCCAAGCUGCCGCUGGCCCUCGCGGCUGUCGAGGCGCUCCUCCGCCAGGCGCAGUUCGACGUCGCCGUAGGGGAGUACGAUCGCGCCGCUCGCCGCCUUUUUUCGCCCGUCGCCGAAGUGUCCAUCCCGGGCCGCCCACUGCAGCGCCUCGAAACCCUCGAGCAAAAGGCGGCGUUUCUCGAGUCGCUCGCGCCUGUUCCGCCCCCCUCUCCCCCACCCUCCGCAAACGGUACUCUUUUGAGCGGUUUGUCCCCGGUAGUGGCCGCUUCGUUAAUUGAGCGCGCGGAGCUGUACGUGCCCAAGUACGAUCGCUACCUGGGCUACUCGCUGCUCACCUUCGGCCGCCUCCUGCAGGAAGACGCUGAGUCCGCCGAGCCGCGAACCGGCAAGUUUGUCCUCUUGUGGGAUCUCGUCGCGGACAACGGCAGAGUCGCGGCGGGGGAUGCUGACGUGGAUUCUUCGCAGCAGCAAGAGAGCAACUCCGUCUACGCGUGGGGGCUGAGCUGGGCGUACUGGAACGACGACGCGCACAGGCAUGGCCCGCCCCCCUCCCCCCCGCCCCGCCCGCCGCACCCUCACCCUCCGCACCCGCCCCACCCACACCCCCCCGCCCCUGCCCCAUCUCCUGCUGCAUUUUCCGCCGUUGAUGCGACCGUCCGUGACGCCCGCGCUAACCUUGGUUCUGAUGAUGGCAGGCAACCAACCCACCAGCUCUCGCUCGCCAAGCCUCUGCCUUCCCUCUCCGAGCCUCUCGCCGAUCCUCACCCGGCCGACCUGAAGCUGCAGAUUCAGGAAGCUUGGACGAAUUUCAGCCUCAACCUGGCGACUGCUGACGUGGCAGCCGCUGCCAGCAUCUUCGCAGACAACGUGACGCUGCUGCCACCUGGGCAUCCGAAGCUCAACCUGCCAGGGCCCCUGGACAAGCAGGAGUACCUGCAGCGACUGGUGGACUGCCACGUGGCACUGGAUGUGACCGUGGAUACCCUCCUCCUGGUGAAGCUGAAAUCCUCGCUGACGCCUGUCGUCCCUCCGCCGUCCCCUGCUCCCGAAGCACUGCCUUUCCAGGACGCUUCGUCCGCCAUGCUCCGUGGCUACAGUGUCGCGGAUCUUCUGGCCGAUAACGAAGAGCUCAAUAGCGGGGCAUCGAAUGGCGAUGCGUUGAGUGUGAUCACGCGCUCCUCCUUCAUCCUCACCAACACCUCCACCGGCAAGCAUGUGAAGGCGGGUUCUCUGCUGCAGAAGUGGGGCCGCAUUAACCUGCCCAACUCCGGCGCGCCCCUGGCCGCCUCUCGCCACCGCUGGUUCUUUGAGUGGGCCAUCUGGAACUACCACCCAAUCGCAGCUGAUGUUGCUGCCAUUUAG